UUAUAUUCGUGAGAAGAAAGGAAAAUCACGAUAUUGGAGUGUUGCUAUCGCUUACUAUGUGCCUAUUUAUGUUUCGCUUUCGCCGAAGAGUACAAAAAAAUUAGGAAGACAAAUUUGUUUUUUGGUCUCCAAAAAAGGUUUAAGGGAAAGAAACGACUUUGAAUUUCAGUUAGACAGCAGCCCGUAGAGGGAGUUUCAUUUCACAGUCGCAAAAGCUUGCCUCGAUUAGUGGCGCAAUGAAAGUCUAGGCUGCACUUGCGCGUCAAGUGUUUUCCCUUUGCUCCCGUCUUUGGUUUAUUUUCUACUGAAAAAGUCACAGGCACACACUGUGACUUUACUGAUCUCUGGCUAUUCCAAUCUCUUCAGCGACCUUUUCUGCACCCAGAUUCCGCGUCACGACUGCCUCAUCCAGGAGCACACGGCAUAGAAUCGACAAAAUUGUAUUUUGAAAUCUUCGUUCUGUUGGGUUAACUGCAAUAGGGUCUCUCGCUACUUCCGCACCAACAGUCUCUGGUUCCAAUUUCCUAUAAAUGCAAAAACUUGUGAAGAUUUCUUUGUCGUCCACGGAGCCAAUACAGAUGAGUUGAAGCUUUUUCUUGGGGGCCCGCAUGGUUUAAAGAGAUUGCAAUUUGUUGGUGUGAACAAUUUCCAGUCUUCUUCUGUGCUUCUGUGUUGCUGUGCUUUUUAUCCCCCAUGUCCAUGUCGAAGUUCGAAACGUUUCUUUUCUUUGCAUUAUCUUUGGUUUCCUCUGGAGGAUUGGCUGUGGCUUCAAGCGAUAGUAGCAGCGGCGGUACAAGAGAACUUGAUCAGACACCAACAUGGGCUGUUGCAGCUGUCUGCACUGUUUUCAUCUUAAUUUCCAUAACCUUAGAAAAGAGUCUUCACAGAGUAGGAUCGUGGUUGGGAGAAAGGCAAAAGAAAGCUCUGCUUGAAGCUUUGGAAAAGGUCAAAGCCGAGCUGAUGACUUUAGGUUUCAUUUCAUUGCUCCUGAAUUUUGGGCAGAGCUACAUUGUCAAAAUAUGUAUUUCUCAUAAGGUUGCUGACAAAAUGUUGCCAUGUGCAUAUGAUGGUACCAAUGAUUCAUCUCGUAGAAAACUUCUGUCUCAUGAACGUAGACAUUUAUCAUCUGGUACAAGCUCUUCCAAAUGCAAGGAGGGAUAUGAGCCACUUAUAUCUGCCGAUGGAUUGCACCAGAUACACAUCCUUAUAUUCUUCUUAGCAGUCUUUCAUGUGUUAUACAGUGCUGUCACAAUGUUACUCGGGAGAUUACAGAUUCGUGGCUGGAAAGCAUGGGAGGGGGAAACUUCAUCUCAUGGCUACGAGUUUUCCUAUGAUCCUUCAAGAUUUAGGCUUACUCAUGAAACUUCCUUUGUGAGAGCUCACUCCAGUUUUUGGAUGAGGAUUCCUAUCUUUUUCUAUGUUGGUUGCUUCUUUCGCCAGUUUUAUAGGUCUGUGGGCAAGGCUGACUACAUGACUCUGCGCCAUGGCUUUAUAGCUGUCCACCUUUCUCCCGGAAGUAAAUUUAACUUCCAAAAGUAUAUCAAAAGAUCAUUGGAAGAUGACUUCAAGAUAGUAAUGGGAGUAAGUCCUGUCCUGUGGGCAUCAUUUGUAGUCUUCCUACUCCUGAAUGUUAAUGGAUGGCGUACAUUGUUGUGGGCUUCCUUGCUUCCUGUCAUUAUAAUCUUGGCCGUGGGAACAAAACUUCAAGCGACAUUGGCAAAAAUGGCUCUUGAAAUCACUGACAGACAUGCUGUUGUCCAAGGGAUGCCUCUCAUUCAAGGCUCAGACAAAUAUUUUUGGUUUGGUCGGCCCCAGUUAGUUCUUUGCCUUAUUCAUUUUGCUUUGUUCCAGAAUGCGUUCCAAAUAACAUAUUUCUUGUGGAUAUGGUAUUCUUUUGGGCUGCACAAUUGUUUCCAUGCUGACUACAAGCUUGCAAUAAUCAAAGUAGCUUUAGGAAUUGCAGUGCUAUGCUUAUGCAGCUACGUUACUCUUCCAUUACAUGCUCUUGUAACUCAGAUGGGUUCGAGGAUGAAGAAAUCGAUAUUUGAUGAGCAAACAUCCAAAGCACUGAAGAAAUGGCACAAUGCUGUGAAGAAGAAGAAGAGGGAGGGAAGAUUAGGGAAGUCCAGCGUCCGAAAUGUGGGUGGAGAGAGCACUGUGGGUUUGGGUUCCUCAAAGCCAUCCUCCGGACCCGCAUUACAGCGUUUCAAAACGACGGGUCACUCGACUCGCUCCUCCACUUUUGUGGAGGAUGAAGAUGGAACCGAUGUUGAUGCUGAACACGAACCCUUGGCCCCCGUGGUAUCAACAACCAGCUUGACGGUGAUGGUGGAUCAUCAAUCACAUGAAAAUGCGGCCCACGGUGCGGAGGAUACCCCAGAAGAGGGAGGCUUUUCAUUUGGCAUGUCGGAAACUGUUAAAACAACCCCGAAAUAGGAUCUCAAGUUGCUCCAUUCAGCCAUUUGAAUGUAUUUGUAUUUUAUUCAGUAUUGUAUCUGCUCGUCUGUUUCUUUUUUCCCACUUCCUUUGGAAGGGAGUGUUGGGAACUCUGAACGAGACAGGGUCAGUUAUGUGAAUCCCAAGCAUUGUUCAAAAGACAGGAACGUGAGAUGUUGGCAUUGGCUGUUGGAUAAUGGACGUGUGUACAGACACAGCAUAGAUUGAGUAGCCCAUGGUUGGCCUUAGAAUCCCCAAAUAUAUAAUAAUGACGUCGCAACUUGUCGCAGGUUUGCCUACUUUUAUGUUU